CCAACCACCCCAUCAAAAGCCGAGCUCUCUCGUCUCUUUCCCCGGCCGGUAAAAAUUAACCCCUCGCCCUUUUUUCCAGUGCCCUCGGCAGGUUUAACCAACCACCACAACACGCGGGUGCUGAUCGAUCGCAGUGUGAGUGCUUGAAGCUCUUCCGAUCGAUGCCGGACACGGAGAGGCAGUCGCCGUGGGCGUCGGUGGAGAGGCGGCCACACUUCUUCAAGGUGCUCAUCGGCGACUUCAAGAAGCGCCUGAAAAUCCCGCCAAAGUUCUGCAAGCACAUCCCGUGGGAGGCGUCCAGGAAGGCCAAGGGCCUGAAGGAGGCGUCCAUGGCGGCCACCCUGGAGGGCCCCAGCGGCCGGACGUGGCAGGUCGUCAUCCGCCGGACCGCCGAGGGCACCUUCUUCACAGCCGGCUGGGCCAAGUUCGUGCAGGACCAGGCGCUGCGGGAGCUCGAGUUCCUCGUCUUCCGCCACGACGGCGGCACCAGCUUCGCCGCCAUGGUGUUCGACAAGUCGGCGUGCGAGCGGGAGGACCUGCUGCUCGCCGGAGACGCGCCCCGGCCGCGCAGGAAGCGGGGUCGGCCGAGGACGGCGUCGCGGGCCGUGGAUGAUUCGGCCGGCAUGGAGCUGGUCCCGUACCGUGCGCCUGCCGAGCAGCUACCCCAAGUCGCGUGCUCCGAUCGGAUGCCGGAAUCGGACAAGUCAAAUGACGCAAUGGCGGCGAUGUUUUCCGUUCAACACAAUGCAUGUAACGGUCUUGCAGGAUCAGCCGGGCAUCCCGGCCCUAUGAAGGCCGAGAGGUUCCCCACGGGGUUCUCGAGGCAGCACCUGCCCCGGGAGAAGACGGAGAUGGUGCUCCGGGACCCGGGCGGCAAGGCGUGGGCGGCGCUCUACAUCCCCGGCACGAGGGACCGGCUGUCGCGCGGGUGGUGCGCGUUCGCGCGCGGCAACUGCCUCGAGGAAGGGGACUGCUGCGUCUUCGAGCUCGUCGGCGCGGCCGAGUUCCGCGUCCACGUGUUCCGGGUGGUCGAGCCCGCCGUGCCGGCGGUCAGGCUCCGAUUAGCUUGAGCUUUAGCUGUACGCCUGGAAUUACCUGGCGCGCAUUGGAUCGUCAGAAACAUUCUGAACGAUAGCAAUUAAUCCCAACGGAUAAUUACUGUUCAAAUGCACACUCUUGGUGUCAAUACUGGGAAUAGUAGUAAGCUAGCACCGCUGGACCAU